AUGGCUGAAGAAGAGUUGUCAAAGAUGGCCACACGUGAUGGAAUUAUCGUCACGGAAACAAGACUUCAAAGAGGCGAAGCCACCUACGUGAUCAAUUCUCUAAUUAUUUUUAAAUGUUUUACCACACGAAGGAGAUCUGAAAUCAAUUGUUUUUCAUUUUACUUUCAAAAAUCAAUGCCUGAGAUACUGCCAGUGGGUAUCUAUACCAGACGUUAUGUUUGUUUCCCCCAUGCCAGACCAUGGUUGAUUCAUUCUUAUAAAAACACCAAGGGCAGAUCAACCAGGCUUUCUCAGAGUAAUAAUCAGGACUCAGACGCCAAUCCAUCUCAAGAUACUAUUGUACUUAUGGAACCAAAAGUAGAGGAAGAGGAGGAUGCUCCUGGUACUGUCACUAAACAUGGAGAGAAAGCUUCGUCUGGAAAUCCUACAUCUGCUCCAGAACAAACCCUUAACCCUGCAAAAACCAAAGAGCAAUCAAGUAUCAGCAUCCAAGAUUCCUCAAAAAAUUCUGAAGAUUCAUCUCAAGUUCUCCAACCCAAUUCAGAACAUGUUGCUACUGCUGAAGAACAAGCUUGUGAGUCAGCAGAACAUGUAGUUUCAGACCAAACAUCAUCAACAGAAGCUCUAGAAAAAGAUGAUGAUACAAGAUCAAAGUCCACUAAGAGACCAUUAGAUACCCCAGAACAACCAACAAGAUCUUCAAAAAGAAGAAGAACCAAUCGUAGAGAUGAUACUGAAGAAUCAACUGGUCCACCAGCUAUUAGUACAUAUGAGAAGGUACGGUUGAUCUGUCGACCUUGGAGGAAGCCUGAAGGUCAUUUAAAUCGUGGUGUUUUCAGCUCCAUGUUAGAAGGUGUAUUGUUGUUUAUUAUGGCCAGUCCAUCUUGUCCACGGAAAUCUGUAGAAGACAAAUUUGAUCCUUAUCUUAAACCAGUGGCAACACAAGAACUACUGGAGAUAUUAGAAGAUCUAGGUUGUGUUAUUAAAAUAAUUUGUCGGAAGAGAACACAGAAACCAUCAUUAUUUUCUAAACCAGAAGUUGGUUCUAUAGUCACAGAAGAAAAACGGAAUGAUGAAGUUUUGUAUGAAACAACGCAGGAUUGUUGUUUGAAAUUUGGACAGUUUUCAUUUUUCUUGUCUACCUUAAACUGAGUGGGAAACUGAAGCCACAAAUUUUAACAGAACCUGAAAUGUACCAGUAAAGAUGUGUUGUUGGCUCAUGUGAAUAAAAUGCUCAGUUGAAUCUAGUUUUCCAGAUACUGCCAAGCUUACAGAAUUAGACAUUAAACUCUUGAGUGUUUGUAGUCUUGUAAAUAUUGUAUAUAAAUAAUAAAUGUACAUUAAGAAGUGCUAAUUCUAUACAGAUUGAUCUGCAUAUACACAAGGGUCUAUAUAUACUCAAAAUGUUCAGUUUAUACACAAAAUGUUCAGUUUAUACACAAUUGUUCAGUAUAUACACAAUUGUUCAGCAUAUACACAAAAUGUUCAGUUAUACACAAAAUGUUCAGUUUAUACACAAAAUGUUCAGUUUAUACACAAAUUGUUCAGUAUAUACACAAAUUCUUCAGCAUAUAUACAAAAUGUUCAGUUAUACACAAAAUGUUCAGUUUAUAUACAAAUUGGUCAGUAUAUACACAAAUUGUUCAGUAUAAACACAAAUUGGUCAGCAUAUACACAAAUUCUUCAGCAUAUAUACAAAAUGUUCAGUUAUACACAAAAUGUUCAGUUUAUAUACAAAUUGGUCAGUAUAUACACAAAUUGGUCAGCAUAUAUACACAAAUUGUUUGGUAUAUAUAUUUAUAUAUUUAUAUAUAUAUAUAUAUAUCAGCUCUCAAUUAUUUUCGAUUGACUUGACUGUGCAACCUUCACAGUAGAUCAUGCUGUAUUGAAAUAUUGUAUUAAAAGCU